AAUAUUUUAAUCUUAUGAUUCGCGUUAUUAUGCAUAUAUUAUACAUCAACAAAUAGAAAUAGUUAAUUAGUGUAAGAAUCGAGUGGUGCAUGAUUUUGGCUUCGUUUAAAAAUCGAGCGAAUUAUUGUAAUUUUUGUGUUCCUCUCUUGCAAUAAUAAUAAAAUAAUAAUAAUAUUAUAAAAAUACGUAUCUCGUAUGAUUAUUUUGCGAUCGGGAGUGCCCUGCAAAGUGGAGAUCGUUUCUGUAUAUGACUGAAAUAUAAUUAACUGAAAUAUAAUUGUUUGUUCGCGAGUGAAUACGUGACUGCUACGAGGAAACAACAAAGGAUGAAACAACAAAAGAGAAGGACAUCUGGAAAAGUAUCGGACAGAAAGCAGGGAGAGAGGCUGAAGCAGCCACAGAGACAUGCGCAAAACUGUUAUAAGUAUUACGGAGUCAUGCCGCGCUCCUCUACGCACGUGCUCAAUAUGCAAUUAACAAGGGAAAAACUUAAAAAGAAAUCUGUAAAAUAUCUUGGCAAUGUAAACGUAUCACUACAAAUUCUAGGCAGCGGGGCUCGUGGUGCCCCAAGAUGUGUUUACUUAACAGCAGGUCAUAUUAGUUAUAUUUUUAAUUGCGGGGAGGGAACACAGAGGUUAGCAUAUGAACAUAAAUACAAAUUAAUAAAAUUGGAACAUAUAUUUGUAACAUCAACAUCGUGGAAUAACUUAGGUGGCAUGCCAGGAAUGCUUUUAACAAUACAAGAAGCUGGAGUGCCAAAAAUUGAUGUACAUGGCCCUAAAGGGACUGUAGAAUUAUUUGAUGCAGUCAAGAAAUUUGUGAUGUUACAAGCUCUGAAGAUUCAGGAAGCAAAAUGUGACGAAUCAGAGCCAUAUACAGAUUCAGUAAUGUCUGUAUCAUAUGUUCCUAUUACUAAAUCAAGUGUACAAGAAAAAGAGUCUAUAGAUAAUAUAGGAGAAGAAAAGAUUGAUAAUAUUAAUUAUUAUAACUAUACGAUCAAUUCUAAUGGCAAACGAGUAUUUGAUAACAGAGUAGAAAAAGAGAAAAAAACACAGAAAGUUGAAGAAAAGUCUGAGAAGACAAGGAUAUCGAGUGCAAUGUCCUAUAUUUGUAGAUUGCACCCUCGAGCAGGCACAUUAUCCUUGGAGAAGUGUGUAGAGAAAGGUGUACAACCUGGCCCUUUAUUUGGUCAACUCAAAGCUGGCAAAGAUAUUACUCUUCCUGAUGGUACAGUCGUUCUCAGUAAAGAUGUCUGCUCUCCAACAACGCCAGGCCCUGUUUUCUUAAUUGUAGAAUGCCCAUUGGAAGAUUAUUUGGAAUCCUUUGUAAAUCACCCUGCUUUUGUGCAACAUCAAGCAACAGCAACAAUGUCUAACGAAAAUGAUAGGCCAUAUUGCAUUAUUCAUUUCACACCUCAGAGAGUGAUAGAUGAUCCUCGUUACAUAGACUGGAUGAACAAAUUUGAUAGCAACACGCGUCACAUAGUCGUGAAUGAGGACAAUGAGUGCAUGGGUACUGAAGCGAUUCACAGGCAUCAGCACAAACUUCAUAUGUUGCACUCUGAAAUAUUUCCUUUUUUAAACGAAAAAAGUUUUCAAAAAAAAACACGGGCGAACGAUUUGCCCCUCAUACAUCGUCCCAGAACAAAUCAUACUAUUCACUUACAACCAGAAAUAAAAUAUGAUACGAUGAAUGAAGUAUCAUUGCAUCCAGAAGAAUAUAUAAAGGAGGUUUAUGAAAUCGAAGGUUUUUCCGAAAUGUUGAAAGAUCUGCAAACAAACAUAAACAUCGAAAAAGAAAGAUUAUCUAUUGGAAAGGAAUAUCCAAAGAUCAUUAUGUUGGGCACUGGUUCUAGCAUUCCAAGUAAAGUCAGAAAUACGAGCGGUAUACUCCUAAGAAUGGAUCAAAAUCACAGUAUGUUGCUAGAUUGUGGUGAGGGCACGUUCGGACAAAUCGCGAAAAUCUAUGGAAAAUAUAAGAUGGAUAAAAUCAUAAAAACAAUCAAGGCGGUGUACAUAUCACAUCCACAUGCUGAUCAUCAUAUUGGAUUGAUUGGUUUUCUGAAAGAAAGGAAAAAGAUCACGCAAGAUCCUUUGUAUCUAUUCGCGCCGACAUAUAUUGCUAUGUGGUUACGAUUAUAUCAUAUGCGCUUCGAACCUAUUUUGCAUCAAAUGACACUAAUUCCGAACAACGAAUUCUUCAUGGAUGUACAUGAACCAACGGAGCACAAAUACAAAAGUAUGUACAAAACAUUAAAUGUGCAAGCCGUGAAAACGACAUAUGUCAAGCAUUGUGCUCAUUCUUUCGGUAUUUCUGUAACACUCAAUAAUGGAAAAAAAAUAGUGUACAGUGGUGAUACUAUGCCAUGUGAGAAUCUCGUGAAACUCGGUCAAGACUGCGAUUUACUGAUUCACGAAGCGACAAUGGAAGAUGAUUUAGCAAAAGAAGCGAAGAUGAAGUUACAUUCGACUACCUCGCAAGCCAUACGGGCAGGUGAACAAAUGCGAUCGAAAUUCACGCUAUUAACGCAUUUCAGUCAACGUUAUUCAGUGAUACCUCCCUUGCCGAAUGAUGACAAUGGCUCUAAAUUAAACAAUGUAGGUAUUGCGUAUGAUAAUAUGCACAUUAGUUUGUCACAAUUGCCGCUUUUGCCUUUGAUGUAUCCGACAUUAAAAUUGAUGUUCAUUAAACACUACAUGGAAGUGGAAGAACGAGCUGCUAGACGUCGAAUAGCAAUGAACUUAUAAUAAAUAUUUUAUGCGAUAACACGCGAAAAAAUUAAGAUCAUAAUUAACACUUUUGUUUUAUUGGCAUUCAAUAUAAUAUUCUCUGUUGCUGAAAGUUCAAUCAAGUCUAACAAAUGUUAAAUAAUAUGUAUAGCAAUGGAGAAAUCAAAUGAAAAUGUUACCUGCACUCUUUUAAUUUUUAACAUAUAAAAUAAACUUUUCAAACUAAGAUCUGUAGAUAAAAAAAUGAUGCCAUUAAUAUAUUUCUUAUAUUUUCAUGAAAGAGAAAAUCAAUCAGAGAAAUCUAUCAUAGAAAAUCUGUUACUAAAGUUGAGUACAAUAGAUAUAAUAGUAAAUUCUUUACAUCAUUCUGUAUAUAGUUCGAUAAUAUAUACGAUAUUUGGGAAAAGAAUUACGUCUGAUUGAAUAAACAAUUCAACUCAGCCAAAACUCUGAUCAAUAAAAAAUUUUUUAUUAUAUCCUUUAAUUUAUUACAUCCAUUAUUCUUAAUGCAUUUCUACCGUGAAAAAGUAGUAAAAGAGAUUGCCGCUUACAUAAGUAUAUAAAGAAGUAGUGUAUGUGUAUGUGUGUGUGUACGCGCGCGGGCACACAA